AUGGAAUCUUCGUCGGUGAGUUUAUGCAUAACAACUUUGCCGUGGUGUGAAGUUACGACCUACGACCAUGAGCGGAUCAAAGAGCUGUGGUCAAACUACGCGGCCAGUGGCGAAGAUGAUGAAAAAAGGUCGGACGCCGUUAGCGGGAGGAAGACUGCAUGGUUGGAGCUGUUUCUGUAUGAGUUCGAUAAGCUCAGCGAAGAGCAGCGAGCGCAUUUUCAGCGAUCAAUUACAUCGGAAACAAUUCCAUCCGCCUUAUCGCGACAAUUACUACUGUUUAUUUACGAGAUCUGCGAUUCGUCGAAAAGCAUGGGAGAAACUACCACCUACCUCACGGAGAAAUCUCGAAGUCGUGCGCCAUCCAUAGAGUCGUCGCUUUCGUCAGCAUCCACGUACGCGACGGCACGGAGUGGAACUGAAUUGUAUUCGGGUACCACUGUUACGACUGCAGACGACACUACACAAGUGGUAGGAAAUGCAAAUCUAUCACCACUGCAUGACCAGAACGAUAACACAUUAGAAAGUGAUUCAGUGGUAGAAUCUGGCGAAGAUCGUUGUCAGGAUUUGAGAGAUUUUUUACUGGGAGGUAUCGGAGGAAGAAUCUUGCGGACAUUAGAGCUGAUUGGUGCCAAAGACAUCGUCAACGCUCGCGAGUUUGCUAAUGUUCUUAUCGGGAUUCUUCCAACAAGGAAGUGGUACACAUCACACCAAGCUGACUUAGACUAUCGCGAAGACUAUAGUGAACAACUUUUAAUAGUAUUUAAAAUGCGUGCCUGCAAUGGCGACUGGCGUAGCAGUACAAAGAGAAAUUCGCUCAACCUUAGCUCUUCACAAAUUAUUCAGUGUACGAGCCCCAUCCGGACACCUAAUCAUUCACCCACGCAUUGUAUUCAAGCAUCAUCACCCACACUACAAGAAAGUUCCAAGUUGUCAACGGUAAACAUCGCUGACUACCACAGCGAAUCCUUCAACGCUCAUCUUCAGGUAACGCUGGCUCAGGACCAGCUCACGUUAACGAUACUAAACCUCCUAGAGAGCUUAGUGCUACACGAAAAUGUUCUCACCAUAGACGAAAAAUCCGUCACGAUCAGUUGUCUCCAGAUGGCCAUCGAUCGAUUACGCCAACAAGAAAUGCUGGAAGAAAGUCCCAGAAAUAGGUUGAUUUUGCGGCACAAACUUCUUGGCAUACUGAUGCUUGGCCUAAAUAAUCUAUUCUUCCUUGACACACUUGAAAGCGAUCACAUUAGCUUGCAGCAGAUCGCGACCGAAGUAAUGGAACUGCUCCGAAACGAGCUGGAAGCCACCAACUCGAACCCAAUCAGCUGUGAUUUCAUCUACAACCUCACUUACACGAUCGUAUCAACUGUCAAUCAGACAUUUUUAAACUUUACCGAAAAUCUCGUCAGCGAACAGUUCUUUCUGGUUAUUUUUCGUCUUCUGGAGAGUAACUUGGAUAUUAUCAAGCAUGUAUACAGUCAACUGCAUGAAUCAAGUAGCAAUUUCCAGCCUAAACUGGUAGACAUUCUACUAAAGAUGCUACAAAACUUCAUCACUAGCCUUACACCGAAUCGAACGAGCACGAAAAAAACUGUCAAACCCCGGCAUCGAUUACACCAUUCAAGGCAAGAUCCACGAACAGCCUACGUGUGUGCCCUUGAAAACAUCCUCCUCAACGUCUUCCCCAUCGUCACAUACUCCGACCAACGCACGUUGCUUCAGUUUUUCGCAGCGAAUCAAAUUUGCUGCUGCAAUGCCACCAUACGAACACUGGAAGUUCUGCUGAAGCUCACAGGAAACGAUUUAAUCCCACGCAUCAGUUUAAAUUUUGUCAACCGAAACAUCACGAGUUCCAUCUUUGCCCGUACCACCUGCGACAGCUGCGAGGGUGAAAGGUUCAACGAUCACUUCUACGAACGAUUUGCUAGUGUUCAGCGGGAACUCUUCUAUGCUUACCGACGACCGGACAAUCGCCCUCGAUUGCCAAUCUUACUCAAGUACCUCCAGGAGAUGGUCAAAAUUGUACCUUACCGAUUGGGCAGAUUUGUACUGUUCGAAUUGGUGCUGCCGCACCUACGCAGGGAGAAGACUGACUACGCUACCGGUGGAAAACUGGACGAUACGAGUAAGGAGAUUGUUAAUGGUUGUUUGAUUAUCGUCGGACGGUGUUUGCGGGAUGUCAAUUUGUUUGGAGAUUUUUUCAACGAGGAAAAUCGAAUACUGCUGAGCGAACUGUCGAAACGAGCGGAAUUCGUGUACCAAGUGGGAUUGAUUUUGAAAACUGGUAUUGCAAACUCUCACCAAUUGGAAGGGCUGGAGGAACAGCUUGUGACGAUUCUCUUGGAGAAUCUGAAAGAUUUGUCCGAUUAUGUAGGGCAAUUAUUUAGAAUCCUGAAAACAAGUAACGUACGUGUAGAUCUGAAAGACACGAUCGGUAGAAAUGUUCAAGUUAGUUUGAAAGAGGAUCCAACCCCCAACGUGUUGCAACUUUGCGUUGAACACUGGAAGCUAGCCAAACAUUUUCUACUGGCGAAUGAUCGUUUCUACGAAUCCUUCAUCAGGAAAUUUGAUGCUCCCGAAAACUUCUUACUGGUAGUGCAUAAUCUGUUCAGUCUGUUACUUUAUCCCGGGCAGCCAAAACCAUACAGUGCACCAUCGGCCGCAAAGCUACCGGAUUUGAAUGAACUCGUUGAUCCAGAGCGUCGGAGCAUCCUCAACAUCUUCCACUUCAACGAUGAACUGAUCGAUGAUCGGCUAGCCAGUGAGGAGUUUUUCUACAGUUGCAGCGCGUCGAUCACCUCCAGUAAUCCGGUGGAAGAUGAAGACUAUUCCUUCCUGCAUGAACUCACCGCCCUGAAUGGUUUGUCAAAGAUUCCUUCAACCUAUCCAACCAAUGGCAAGUUAGAGAAAAGUUGGUCCCUGAUGGAAAUAUUAAACAUCAAACAUCUGCUGGCCGAACUGAUGGACGAGUACCUUCCUGGUGGAGUGAAAUCCCUGCUUCGGGCCGAAGAUUUGCCGGAUCAAGUACGUCAACUACUCACCGGCAGUGGUUUCGUUCGCAAACGAUUGGCCACGCUGGCGGAACUGAUUCUCAGCGUGUUUCAGCUGCUUGUGGAGAAAAGCAACCGGUUGGAAAUCGCAAUGCAAUCCGCUCUGAUUGAACUGAAAAAGCUAAUUCUAAGUGGAGCUUUCGAAAGCUGGGACUCACCGGAGGCGACGAAAAAUGUCAUUAAUGUGCUCCAGUCGUUGCUGAAAAUUGCCGAAGUGCGCGGCAGUGAGAGUGGCAAUUUUGAAAUUGCACUGGAUGACCAACAACAGCACCAGCAGCAGCAUUACUUUCCGGUGCCGUCGUUUGGCUGGCGGAAGUCAUUCAGUGCCGAGGAUGACGUCAGUUCGACAGAUGACAGCUAUACCACGGCCUACGACGAUGGCUACGAAGGUGAUGUGGAGAAUGAUCAUUUCAUGCCGUUGGUUGCUAGGAAAGGCAGCUUGCGAUCCCGUGACGUGGGACAGACGAGGGUCAACCAGAAUGUCUGCACUAUUGUCGUUGAUAUUUUGAUUGAGUUAUCCAAGAAAUGUGCUGCAAAUCCGCAGAAUUGGAGCACUGUGCUUGCCCAGUUGGUUUUGAAACUUAAUGGAAUCAAGGAUUUUUUGGGUGGUUCACUGUACUUGAUCGAGGGAUUCAGUCCGGUAUUGGAGAAGAGCGAUAUUGAACUGAAGGAACUACAGACAUCAAUUUUGGAGUUGAUUACAGAUUUGGAUAGUCCGGAAGUGUUCUCCAAAUUUUUACAGUUGCUAAGUCUGGAUGAUCCUCCAGUUCAUCUGAUUUUAACGAAGUUAAUGAAUCUUGUAGAUACAAAUUUCAAGCUAGAAUGCUACACAGAGCUACAAUUUCCCGAUCCCAGUGAUAAUGGUACUCGAAUAUCGACCUGUGAUAUACUGCUGUCCAAAAAAAUCAACUACCUUCGCGAACUGCAUCGCUACUUCAACAUACGAUCGCCGUUCACCUGUUCGGCAAAGAUAGUCCCCCUCAAUUAUGUCAACUUUUCGCCAUGGAAUGCGGACGGGUUCACAGCAACUGGCUGGUUUCGGUUGAGCCCGGUACAGCAGGACAGUAAUCGACUCACGGUGACUCAUUUGAUAUCCGUGGGUAGCGAAAAACAAAUUGUGUCCAUAUUUCUCAAUCGCCAGAAACAGUUUACCGUACGUUUCAACAAACCGGAUCGCAUCAUCUCCAGUGCAAAUACGAAACAGUACUUUUCGAAAGCCAUUGGAUUAACGUGCUGUGAAAAUUGUGCCAAAGAGCUUUCACACCUAUGGAGCCAGAAGAUAUUUCAACGGUCAACCGAGCCAAUGACACCGGCCUUUCGAAUCGAUGUGGCCGGAGCUCAGUGUGUGUAUUGCUACAAAUAUCUACAAACUGGGAAAAGUAUCGCAACUACGAGCCUUUCAAACGAUUAUUUCUACGAUUUACACUCCAAACAGUUUACAAUAAAAGAUCUUCAAGUGUCGGAAAAUCGUUGGAGUUUAAUAGCACUGUCUGUUCGCCAGAUAGACAACUCCAUAUCUGUCGUCGUUACCUUGGACGGAACUCAACAGCAAACUUUAGCAAUCGUAGAUCCGUGCAAAAUCCAUAUCGACACCGCACUACCGAUACUCGCCAUUGGACACCGGGUUGGCGUUGACGAUGAUAAUCCGCUUAGUUUUUCGCUAUCAAACGUACAGUUGUUCAAAACGUGCGUUACAGACCUUUCUGUCAUGGCCAAUUUCUAUGCCCUCGGACCAAAUUGGAUGCACCUGACGGGCUUAAUCGAAGAAGGUGCACUAAUUCCCAACUACGGAUGUUUGAAUCUGCCAAAACUAACAGUAGAUGAUCUUCAAUUUGGAAGCACAUCACAGCUACUGCACCGAUCAUACGUGGGCUGUUUUGCCGCUUAUAAACCAGACGUGUUUAUCACGACUAAAUCUGGCCAUGGAAAAGUAUCUCUUGGAAUAUUAAGCUUUUCGCCUCAUUUGACUCCUAAGGAGAACUCUUCCCUGCAAAAAUCAAUACUGCUCUCCGGUGGCAUCAGCGCAAUACUGUUUGCCUUCGCAAGGAUCGUUGAAUUGUCCGACUCAGCCAGAAUCCAUGCCAAUGGAUUAAGCCUACUGUUACGUAUCGCUCACGACAAUCACGAUUUCUACAACGAAUUCGUUCAACGUGAUCUACUCGAGCUAGUAGGAAUUGUGCUCAAAAACAAGAAAUGUCGGAAGGAAAUUUGUGUCCUUGCUGCCUUCCUGGAAGUUGCCUUUGAUCAACCGAUUCUGACUCGUCGGACCGAUACGUAUUGUGUCCUGGUAAACUCCGUUGCACGAAUCCGUUAUCCGGAGAUUGUAAUUUUCUUUUUCGAAAAUUUCCAAAUAUGGAUUGAAAGAUCGGAAGAAGUUCUGAACUUGGUGUUCGACGUUUUGAUAACCGCAACUCGUGACAAACACCCCGGCAUGAACUACAACUGUAAACGACUGGCCGCAGCUGGUCUGGUUCCAACCUUGAUCGAUUUCUGUCGGAUAAAUUUUGUCAUUCCUCCGAAAACUGUUAAAAUAUCGCGUUCAUCCGCUGAUUCGCUAGUCGCGCUGAUUUCAACUCUCUCGAACACUCCUCCUAAGAUUAGUUUGCUUAAAGAGAUCAUUGAAUUACUGCUCCUAAUGCACAAGCCAACCGACAGCUACGUAACGCACGAUCGACAAAAAUUCUACUUCAACAUCAAUCCGCACUUCUCAAGUCGUAGCACAAAGAACCUUGACAACAGACUUGCCCAACGAUUGAAUUUACGCGAGCGCCGCAUCAAAUACUCUCAGCUGCGGAAGGCGAUUCCUCUAACUCUGUCAAACACAAACAACAUUAGCUUCGAGUCAACAACCAGCUUCAUCGAGAUGAGUAAACUUAGCAAUAAAAGUACGGAAUCGGAUGCAAUUUUGUCAUCAUCGCCAAAGACUCCUCAGCGAAUGAUCACCCAUUACGAAUCCAACUAUGAAAAAUUGAACGAGGCCUUGGCUGAUACCGCUACUCGAAGGAGAAGUUGGAAGAACGAUAAACAUAAGGUUAGACGCUUGCAGAGCUCCGGGACGCGAGUUUGUUCCACUCCGAAGGAGACAUUCACUUCUCCGAAAAGGUGCAUUCGAAAGGAUCUCCAACGAUCGAGCCAGACGCUUCCAACUAAAUUUAAAUUCUUCGAACAGAACUACUUCGGCACCGGCAACGAUUUUAUCCAGGAAAGCUUCCUACGUGCCAUGUGCGACUUUUUGUUGAUUCUUCCUGAUCAGGAAGCAAAGCAAUUCUUCAACGCGGAAAAUCAAAUUAUCGAGACAUUGCUGAUCCUGGCGAAUAACUCCAACAUCCGAAUUCGAGCAAUGAUUAUCAAUUUAAUUGCUGUGAUCAGCGACCGUGCACUUGGGAAUCCAUCUGUCCUGAACUACACAGAUGAGCAGUUCAAAAUCUUUUGGCACCACCUCGGUAAUCAAAUCGGUUCGCAUAGCGUAAACGUCGAACUUUUGAACUGUUGCUUCCGGUGGAUCACCAAGAGCAAUGUUACGCUAUCGCUGGAAUCGGUGGUUCUCGACUAUCGCAUCAACGUCGUGCAGGAGAGUGGACUGAAUGUACUGCUGGCGAUCUUGCUCCAGGCCCAUGCAGAAGCGAGAUUAUUUCAGCUAGUGUUGCAUUUGAUGGACUACCUGUGCAUGAGACAACCGAGAGCUGUCCAGUACAUGAUAGAGAAUGGUCUCGUCGGAACGGUGGUUAAGACGGCUAUCAAGAUGAAUGAGCGAGACGAGCAGGUGGAGCAUGCUAGCAACUUUAGCAGCUAUCUGGAGUUUGUGACAAAUUUCAUGCAUAGGGCACUGGUGUCGACUAAUUUUAUUAAUCCCUUCUGGGACCUGCUUAACAGUUUGACACUGGCCGAGCGACACAAAAAUCCCAAAGUAACGCGCGGUGUCCGUGAUCUACACGCUCUGCUGUAUCGAAACCUGCUCCAGUUCUUCAUCUACCGUCCAACGGAAUCAAUAAUCGGCCACAAGAACAAUUCCUUCACCGUAGACCUUCCAGGCAGCACGAUUCCGAAAGCCGAAAUGAAGACUCGUUUCAACCAAAUUCACGACAAAGCCGUCCAAUUUAUCACCAAGUGCGACGGAAAUCACGCGGUAUCCGAUGCCGAAGUGCUACUGAUUAAGAGUCUCAUGAAUCGAACACUGAACGGCAAUCCCCGGGGAGGCAACAUCAUUCUCUGGUGUCUACUGCCAAAACGUCCCGUAAGUUUGAAAACGUACACCAUCAAACAGCUUGGUCAGUACAUCGACGGGGGGAAUUAUCUGUCACUGAUUUGUGAUGUUCGGAUGCUGAAAGUCUUUAGCCAGAGUAUUCUGUUGCUCAAUCCGAAGGAUAUGUCGCUGGAUGAUCUUGCAUACGUAAACAACUUCUGCGAGGCGAUCGAAGGUACGCACAGUAGCACGUGGACGCUUACUCAGACUUUGGAAGAAUUCGACUAUCUACGAACAGUCAGCCUGAACGAUCAGGAGCAAACGAUCAUGAAAUCAAUCAACAAACAGGAAAAGUUGAUUCACUCGUGCACGGUUGCUGCGAUGGAGAUCACGCGAAAUAUCGUCGAGAAGCAAAACCGACUACGGAAGGAAUUGAUCAUUCAGCUGAAGAAGGAUAGUGAUUUUAAAUUUUUCAACCAGUGGCGACAGAUCAUCGAUCAAAUGACCCACGAGGAUGCUCCAUGGUAUAAUCCGAAGCUGUAUCCAAACUCGUGGGAGGUGGAUGAUACACAUGGUCCCGAUAUGUCCCAGAAGCGAUUAAAACGAUGUCAUUUAACCGUGGAUAAGCGAUUUUUGCAGAAAGACUUACAAUGCGCUGCUGGACAGAUACCUGAUCCGUUGCUGGCUUACCUGAUUCCGAAGAAUCGGAGUCAGGAGUUUUCAAUGGAAAAUCAGGUUUUGUAUACCUCGUUCGUGAAGCAGAUCUCACCCAAGCAGGAGCUAGAUAGUGAAUGUAUUUUAACCAGUACAGAAUUGAUGUUGAGUCAAAAUACGGGCGAUCUUGACAUUUACGAUUUGUACAGUAUCACGAAGAUUUGGACCAAGCGCUAUCAGCAUCAGGAAACAGCGGUGGAAAUAUUCCUCACAAGUGGAAAAUCACUGUUUCUGGUGUUUGAUCGUCAAUUGGAGCGCGAGAUCUUCGCCGGAUUUUUCCAAGAUCUUGUCCAACGAGAAGGUCGACAGGAGUUGGAUACGCAAACACAGCUCUGGAGGGAUGGUUUCCUCAGUAAUUGGGAGUACUUGAUGCACUUGAAUCAAAUAUCCGGUCGAAGUUACCACGAUCUCAUGCAGUAUCCUGUAUUUCCAUGGAUACUAUCGGAUUAUGAGAAUGAGAAACUGGAUCUUCUUCUGGAGCAAAGUUAUCGCAUCCUCGAGAAACCGAUAGCGGUGCAAUACAAGGAACUGGAGAAGCAUUACAUCAACAACUAUAACUAUCUCAAGCAGACGGAAGGUGAUUGCAUUAGCAAACGUAAGAUCCAACCGUACCACUACAGCUCACAUUACUCGAACUCCGGAACGGUGUUACACUUUCUGGUAAGGAUGCUUCCAUUCACGUCACUUUUCCUGCACUAUCAGGACGAUAGUUUUGACAUCCCUGAUCGAACCUUUCAUUCACUAUCCACUACUUGGAACCUGGCCAGUAAAGAUUCACCAACAGAUGUAAAAGAACUGAUACCGGAGUUCUUUUGCUUACCGGAGUUUUUGGAAAAUUUGGAAGGAUUCGACUUUGGAGUUCGUCAAUCUGGGGAACCUGUUAACCAUGUGGAGUUGCCCCGCUGGACCAACCAAUCCUCCAGGUUAUUCGUUCUCAUUCAUCGUCAAGCCUUGGAAUCCGAUCAUGUUCGGAAACGAAUCUCUCACUGGAUAGAUUUGAUUUUUGGCUACAAACAGAAUGGUUCGGCAGCGGUUGAGGCAAUCAACGUAUUUCAUCCGGCAACGUACGCCAAUUUCACCUCUUCAGAUAUUGAAGAUCCAGUGGAAAAGCUGGCUCUGGAAACGAUGGUCAAAACAUAUGGCCAAAUGCCAAGGCAACUGUUCGAUGGACCCCAUCCUCAAGCGAUCGUGGGCCCUGCGGUAAUAAACUGUUCCAGUGUGUUGGAUAGCGUAAAUGGUCUCAAAUGGGGGUUAUACAGUGGGUCACCAGCACUUCCGAAUCCUAAGAUAGUUGACAUGAGGUCUAUGGCAACUCAUAUUACCUCACUGGCUCAGCUGAAUGGUAACAAAGUAGUGGGAUUAUCCUACCGGUCUAACAUCUUCCAGGGGCAGCAAUCAAAGAGUCAAUAUGUGGUGAAUUGGGGUCAAAUUGAUGAUGUCAUUCGGUAUCGAUCUAUACAGCAAAGCGACACGAAAUCGAACGAACUGGUUUAUAACUCCAACAUGGACCCAAUCACCGCAUGUGGAAGUGAUCCUAACUGUACUGACAUCUGGUUCGGACAUCAGUCGGGAAGGAUAGCCGUCUUUCAGCAGCAGCAAGUCCGGAAGGUGUCAUUCUUCAAUCAUAACAUUCGACCUGCGGUGACACCAUCGCGGUCGAGCUCUUUCCGACGUUGGCUCGAUCGAAAAAGUGCAACUUUAAGGCGUAAGCUAGAAGGUGAUGAUGACAGCGAUGACACAUCCGACACAAUGCCGAUCAAGUGGAACUUCCCAGUAAUCUUGAUCAAACAUCGAGCAGAGAUAACCGGAAUCGCGAUCUCUACAGAGUUCAAAAUUGUAGUUAGCGUUAGCAUGGAUGGCAGCGCAGCUAUUUGGGACUACAAUAAUCUGAGUUAUGUGCGAGAAAUUCCUAGGCCAGUGAAUGUGAUUAAUUCGAAGAUCAAUCUGGUUGCAAUCAGUUCAACCUUAGGGGACAUAGUGACGGUUCAUUCGCGUCUCGAGUCCAAAUUGGGUUUAAAUCGUUCCACCGAAUCGUCCACGCUGGUCGACGACGAAAGCUUUGAGGUAACGGAAAACUACAAUCUGGACUACGUUAACGUAUCGAUGUCGUCCAGCCGCGACCAGCUGCGGUUGCACACGAUCAACGCAAAGUAUGUGGAGCAUGUCUUCCUCGAAUGUCCCGUGACGGCGCUUUGCUAUACCGCAGUGAAGGAAGGUUGCGGGGUUAAUUGCAUUGCCGUCGGGUUGGAAAAUGGCGUAGUACGGCUGUACAGUAGCUGGAACCUGGCGAUGGUUCGAGAGAUUACGACGAAUCCGUAUGAUGCUUUCGGGUUGAAGAGCAUUAUCUACUCGAGAAACCAGCACUUGGUCAUACUGACCACAAGCAAUGUGAUUCAGAUUUGGAAAUCUGAGGGACUUCCAGGAACAUCGCCACAAAUACUGGAGCUGCCGAUUCGUCGUUCCAUUGAAUAGAUGAUGAAUAUUUGCAUAUCAUCAUCAGCCAAAUAGUGAGCCUAACUGUACUUCAAAAGUGUAUUUAUAAUGAUAAUCAAUGAGAGCUUUAUAAGAAUGUUAUCUAGGUUUUUUUGUUGGAAACAAAUUAGACAUUAAAUAUAUUUUUUAUUCUAUAA